GCGAGUGCUGAGAGAGACCGACGUGACGUCACGCAAUUGUGAAUUGACCCCCUCGUAGACUCUCUCAUUCACGGCAGUCCGUCUCAGGUAGGGAAGGUUGAUUAGUCAGUCCUGUCCCGUCGCUCCUCCACUCACAGUAUCAGCGUCUCUGCAACUGCGGCGGCUGCUCAUCUCGCUCCCGAUGGCCUUUUCGCGGGCCACCUUCCUCCUCGCAGCCCUUCUGGCCGCCCUCGUCGUCAUCACGAGCGUGCAAGGUAGCGGCCAGGACGAAGAUGCGUUGGACCGGGAGUCACUGCAGGAAGACGUGUCUCUGGACAACGACCACGCUGUCUCCUACAAGGGCUACAAGCUGCUUUCCGUGGCGCCGGUGACCAAACGACAGAGGAAGUCGGUCAUAAGACUCGCUGGAAAGCAGGGCGUACAGUUUUGGCUGGCGCAGAGAAAUGCCACCGGCAGCUUUGUGGCGCAAAUCCUGGUCGCACCAGGGGCGGUCGCCAGGGUCACCAGGAGGCUCAAGGACAAGGGCGUCGACUUCAAGAUCGUCAUCCAAGAUUUGCAGAAUGCAAUUAACAACGACGUUACGUCUCUGCGAGACACCGAUGCCAUCGAAAGCGGCAGGCCUUUCGUCUGGGACAAGUUCCACCGAUUGUCAGCUAUUUACGCGUACAUGCAUCAGGUGGCACGUCAACACCCUGAGCUGGCCGAGGUCAAGACCAUCGGCAAGUCCACGGAAGGUCGCGAUCUGCUGGUGCUCAAACUCGGAAGGAAGUCGCAGAGUGUCAAACCAGCAAUGUGGAUUGACGGAGGUGUUCACGCUCGUGAGUGGAUCUCGCCAGCGGCGGUGACAUACAUCAUCCGCGAACUACAAAAGGACACCGGUCUGCUGAACAAAAUGGACUUCUACCUGAUGCCGGUGGCCAACCCUGACGGCUACGAAUACUCGCACACCAAAGACCGGCUGUGGCGCAAAACCCGUUCAAUGCACAGAGCCGCAAACGCGACAAAGACCGCCUUGAAAAGAAGCCGCCCGUGUUACGGGGUUGACGCUAACCGCAACUGGGACAGCCACUGGGGACAGCGCGCCGCUUCCAUGGACCCGUGCAGCAACAACUAUCAAGGACCGCAUCCGUUUUCUGAGCCGGAGACCAAAGCCGCCUCCGAGUUUAUCCUGAGGCUCGCGCCGGCUGCCUACCUUUCGCUGCACUCGUACUCGCAGCUCUGGCUGAUGCCGUGGGGACACAGCGACGAGCCCUCCCGACACGACCUGCAGCUCAGGAAGGUCUCCUUGAAGGCGGUCGAAGCCAUCCAGGACGUGUCUGGACACACUUACAAGACGGGCUCCAUCAACACGGUUCUCUACCCGAUUUCAGGUAGCUCACUGGACUGGGCCCACGAAAAAGCUGGCAUCCGAUACGCAUUUUUGGUCGAGCUAGGAGACACCGGCGAUUAUGGUUUCGUUCUUCCUGCCUCAGAAAUCGAACCUACGGGGAAGGAAAUGCUCGCGGCCGUGCGAGAAGUCGCGAAGGCGGCCAUUGAAGAUGCUAAGAGCAAGUGAAAUUAAUUUCAUUGCUCAGCAGUUAAUCAAUAACUUAUAAAAUUAUCAUUCAUUGUAAAUGCGUACGUCGUAAAUAAAACCAUUCAAAAAUUU